AGCAGAUCUCCAAUAACCUUCUCUCUUUCCUUCUGUGUUCAAAUUAUUAACUCGUUCAGUCCCGUCCGAUCUCCGACCUCGCCAAAACGACACCAAGUUCAUGGGCGUUCCUGCGUUUUACCGCUGGCUAGCGGAUCGGUACCCACUGUCCAUCGUCGACGUGGUGGAGGAACAGCCUAGGGAGGGCCCCAAUGGCGUGCCCCUACCGAUCGACGUUUCCAGACCAAACCCUAAUGGCUAUGAGUUCGACAACUUGUACCUCGACAUGAACGGCAUUAUACAUCCCUGUUUUCAUCCCGAUGGCAAGCCUGCUCCUGCUACCUAUGAUGAUGUAUUCAGUUCAAUAUUUGAUUACAUUGACCAUCUAUUCUCAUUGGUUCGCCCAAGAAAGCUUCUUUUUAUGGCAAUUGACGGGGUUGCUCCAAGAGCUAAAAUGAAUCAGCAACGUUCUCGACGUUUCAGAGCUGCAAAAGAUGCGGCUGAUGCGGAAGCCGAAGAGGAAAGACUGAAGAAAGAAUUUGAGAUGGAGGGGACAUAUUUGAUUCCUAAAGAGAAGCCUGAAACAUCAGAUUCAAAUGUUAUUACUCCGGGCACUCAAUUUAUGGCAGUGCUUUCGGUGGCACUUCAAUAUUUCAUACAAAGUAGGUUAAACCACAACCCUGGUUGGCGAUCUACCAAGGUUAUUCUGUCUGAUUCAAAUGUUUCUGGCGAGGGAGAGCACAAAAUAAUGUCAUACAUACGAUUGCAGCGCAACCUUCUUGGUUUUGAUCCGAACACUCGGCAUUGUCUCUAUGGUUUGGAUGCAGAUCUUAUUAUGCUGGCUUUAGCUACACAUGAGGUUCACUUCUCAAUAUUAAGAGAGGUGAUUACUCUUCCAGGUCAACAAGAAAAAUGUUUUCUUUGUGGGCAAGUUGGUCAUCUGGCAGCUGAGUGUCGUGGUAAACUUGAUGAUUAUGGAAAUGUUGUAGAUGAAACCCCAAUUCACAAGAAGAAAUAUCAGUUCCUCAACAUAUGGGUAUUGCGCGAAUACUUGCAAUAUGAGCUGGAGAUUCCUAAUCCUCCUUUUCAGAUUAACUUUGAAAGGAUAGUGGAUGAUUUUGUGUUUAUGUGUUUUUUUGUUGGCAAUGAUUUUCUUCCACAUAUGCCGACAUUGGAGAUAAGGGAGGGUGCUAUUAAUUUAUUGAUGCAUAUUUAUAGAAGGGAGUUUACUGCUAUGGGUGGUUAUCUUACUGAUGCGGGUGAGGUAUUGUUAGACAGAGUAGAGCAUUUUAUUCAAUCUGUUGCUGUUUUUGAACGCCAAAUCUUUCAAAAGCGGGUUCGGAUUCAGCAGGCUAUAGAGAAUAAUGAAGAGAUGAGAAAUAGAUCUAGAAGAGAAUCUUCUGCAGAGCUACCCGCUCCGGUGGUCGACAAGGUUAAAUUGGGGGAGCCCGGAUAUACAGAGAGGUACUAUGCUGAGAAAUUUCAAGUAACAAAGCCCGAGGAGAUUGAUAAUGUUAAAAAGGACUUAGUUUUAAAAUAUGUAGAAGGCUUAUGUUGGGUCUGCCGAUAUUACUACCAAGGGGUCUGCUCAUGGCAAUGGUACUACCCGUAUCAUUAUGCCCCUUUUGCUUCUGAUCUAAAAGAUUUAGAUGAAUUGGAAAUAACAUUUUUCUUGGGAGAGCCAUUUAAACCCUUUGAUCAGCUCAUGGGAACCUUACCGGCUGCAAGCUCUAGUGCUCUUCCGGAAAAAUACAGAAACUUGAUGACUGAUCCAUCAUCACCAAUCUAUAAUUUCUAUCCUUCUGAUUUUGAGAUUGACAUGAAUGGCAAGCGCUUUGCAUGGCAGGGUGUUGCCAAAUUGCCAUUCAUUGAUGAGAAGAAAUUGCUUGCUCAGACAAGGAGGCUUGAAAGCACUUUAACGGAGGAAGAGCAGGCUCGGAAUAGUGUGAUGCUUGAUUUGCUUUAUGUCUAUCCAUCUCAUCCUUUGGCGGCAGAAAUGAAGUUGUACUACCAACUAUAUUAUCAGUCAGCCCCUCAGGAAAGAUUUGUAUGGCCGAUAGACACAAUUGCCAGUGGUGGAAUGAAUGGAUACCUUUGGUUAUCUGAGAGAAAUGGUGUUCGAUGCGUAAUCCCUUCCCCUGUUCGUGGUUAUCCGAACAUUGAUUAUAACCAAGUCUUAAAUGUUACCUAUCUUAAUCCCGCGGCUCAUAAACACAUCCCAGAACCUCCCCAGGGUGUGGUCAUGCCCAAAAAGGUUGUAAAACCUAUGGACAUCAAACCAGCCCCUGCAUUAUGGCAUGAAGACAAUGGUCGACGCCAGCAAGGCAGAGAGAGGCCACAAGUACCUGGAGCAAUUGCUGGACCUAUGUUGGGAGAAGCAGCUCAUCGACUUGUCAAGAACACACUUAAUAUUAGAUCUAAUAAUUCAGCUUCGGGAUUUUGGGACCAACAACCGCUACGUAAUUUUCCAGGAAACUAUCCAGUCAAUAGACCAAGACCAGCUGGGCCCUCUGGGUAUGAAAAGGGCUUCCGUGAAGAAGCAAAGUAUGGAAACUCGUUCACUCCUCAGGGCAUCAUGGCUAGGCCUAGAUUUCCCUCCUCAAAUGGUAUGCAGGGUGACAGACAGAGUUUUAGAGCUCAAGAAAGAGUCCAAUAUCAAGAACAGAGUUUUAGGACACAAGAAAGAGUACAAUAUCAAGAACAGUACCACAGCUUGAGAACUGGGAUGUCUGGUUUAACAAUGGAAGAAAGUGUGAGAACCAGGUCUCCUGCCGGGCAACCAGGGAUGCCAAAUUCAGGGUACUCCACGAACCCACAACACCAGUUUGCGCAGGAUGCUCUUCCUUCACCGCCUCCCAAGUGGAUUAACAAAGAAUCAACUGCAAACGGUGGGUUAUAUAAUAGGCAACAGGAAACUGGAUUUGGUGGAGCAUAUGAGCCGCAGCCAGUCAAGAAGGUGUAUCAGGUUAAGACUCGUGCUCCCCAGGAUAUGUCGGAUGCUGGAGACCAGACUGGGAGUGAUUCAUCUGGAUUUGUGUAAUGUUGCCUGGUUCUUUGUAAGAGGUGCCCCCACACAGAAUACUAAACUUAUCUUACCUUGUGGCCGAGGGGAGGGCACUAAGACUAGCUUCAUGAGUGUAUAUGUAGCACAUGGCAACAAGAGGUUGACGCUGUGGUUCGAUGCUAAAGUGAUUCGGCUUGCCUGAUUUGCGCAGCCAGUAGCACGGGAACCACAAAAGGAUGGUUUGUUACAUUAAUACGGAUGAGAUUUCCGCAGAAACUCUAAACAGAUUGUACUAACUGGCCAUGGCGGUGCAUAUAUCAUUAACUAUUUGUUGGGUAGUUUGUAAAAUAUGCGUACAUAGUUGUGGUCUGUUGUUAUAGUUUCAUAGGAAGAAUUUGAGAAGUCAAUCAGAAAUAAGGUUGAUAUGUAUCAUUAGGAUGUAGGGGAUUAUGUCAUCCAAAAGGAAUUUGUUUCUUUUCCCUUCAGGAAUGUUCGCUGUAUUCAGGAAUGUUCGCUGUAUCUAUUAUUAGUGUUUUCUUUUUGUACCUGGAUGUUUAUUUUAAAUUAUGAUCUGAUAUCACAACAGGGUUUUCUUUUUAUUUA